UGCUGAAGCCGGCGCCCCAGCUGCCACCCGGAGGUCUCCGGCUCUGAGCUCGAAACCAGACCAGAGGGCUCGAAGAAGAGGGCAAGGAGCUCGUCCCCUCGCCGCUGUCGGCCCGGCCUUCGAGGAUGCGGCUGCUCGGGAAGCUGCGCUCCUCGGCUCCAGAGCCCGCCUGCUCCAACGUGCUCACCCCGGGUCGCAUCCCCGAGUUCUGCAUUCCGCCGCGGCUGCCCUCACCCGGCCUGCCGGAGCUCCCGCCGCCCGCCGGAGUCCUGCCGCGCCGCUGCGCCGCCGAACCAGACCUGUGGCCGCGCGCGACCGACUGGGACCCGCGCUCGCAGGCGGCGCUCUCGCUGCCGCACCUGCCCCGCGCCCGCACCGCCUACGGCUUCUGCGCGCUGCUCGAGAGCCCGCACACGCGCCGCAAGGAGUCGCUCUUCCUCGCGGACCCUGCGCCGCGCCCCCGGGCCCGCUCCUACGGCGGCGCCUCCGGCCGCCGCCUCCGCCUGGGCCUGCGGCCGCCGGGCACCACGCGCGAGCAGCGCCUCCUGGUGCUCGGCCCGAGUCGCGGGGCCGCUCUGGACUCGGACUUGUGCUGCGAGGCGGCCGCGGGGGACCCGGUGCGCCGCCAGGCCGUGCGCGUCCCGGCCGAAGACACGGGCCGCCCGCGGAGCCGGCGCUCGCUUCUGCUGGGCUGA